CAUUAACGUUACAAUUAUGCACCACAUGUAGCUAACCAUCCAUAUAUACAGAUCUGUGUGUGAUUCUGCACAAAGUCUGUGCAGUCACUGGCACUGUUUUUGCAGCAGAAAUAUUGGAGGAAUACGCGCUAAUUCUAACUGUUAGAUAUUUGUUUACAGAAAUGCAUGCAUAUUAAUAUACUCGUAUUAUUAUCGCUGCACACUGCAGAUAUGUAAAUACGGUAGAAUAAUUGUCGAUAGACGAAAUAGGUCGAAGACCAAUGCAAGAAGGCUGUGCUAGCCAGGAAGCUAACUAGCUAGCUAACGUUAGUUUGUAGCUAGCUUGCCAUUUUCAACCAGUGGCCAGCUAGUCAAGUUAGCCAUGCUAAUUGAACCGUGCAGGGUUGCACUGAGAGCUUGAGGUGACUGACUGCAUGGUUAGGGGUGACCUGCAAGACUGCCAAGGAAACCCACUCCACCAAAGCAGGUGCAUCACUCAGGCCAUGGCUGCGGGCACGGAGACGGUGCACUACAUCCACCUGCACAACUCCAGCCAGUCUGUUCUGGAGGCUUUACGGACGCAGCGGCGUGAGGGCCUCUUCUGCGAUGUGACGGUGCGCAUCCACGACGCCUCGCUGCGUGCCCAUGCCUGCGUGCUGGCCGCUGGCAGCCCCUUCUUCCAGGACAAGCUGCUGCUGGGCCACUCUGAGAUCUCGGUGCCGCCGCUGGUCCCCGCUGAGACGGUGAAGCAGCUGGUGGAUUUUAUGUACAGCGGCUCGCUGGUGGUGGUGCAGUCGCAGGCCCUCUGCAUCCUCACCGCCGCCAGCAUCCUGCAGAUUAAGACGGUCAUCGACGAGUGCACCCAGAUCAUCUCCCAGAGGAAGGUGGCUGCUGCUGCGGCCGCCGCAGCAAGUGGAGGAGGAGGGGGGAUGACAGCUGGGGUCCUGCCCAAGCAGGAGGAGCGGGGAGGGGGUAAAGGGAGGGACAGCGGUGGUGGUUGUAUUGGUGGGGGUGGCGCAGUCAGCGGUGGUGGGGGUUACCAGAGCUUCUCGAACUUCGCAUUGGGGGACUGCGGGGCGAGCAACAUGGUCACAGGCCUGGGCGGAGCAAACUUGAACGUUAAUGUUAGUGAGAGCGGCCCAGGAGGCGCCCUGGAGCAGGCUAACCCAGCGGGGCUGAUGGCUCUAGCUGACAUGGGCAGCCCCGGGGCCCUGUGUGGGGCUGACGGGCUAAGCUCAGGGGCCGCCGGGGUCCUCAUGAAGAACUCAAAUUGCACCCAGGAUGUGAGGUACAAGCUGAGAGACCUGCUAGCUGCAACCGCUAACGGCGCCAAUGCUGGAAGCUCAGGGAAUCUCUCGGUCGGCUGCAGCUCUGGUGUCAGCAGCGUGGACAGCAUUGGCCGGGACAGUAUCCGCAGCAAUGCGGCUGACCUCUCGGAGGAGCUCGUGGGGAUGGACAGAUACUGCGAGGAGGAGGAGAUGGAUGGACAUCACAGAGGGAGAGACUUGGACAGAGACAGAGGGGCAGGAGGACACAGCCGCAAGCAGAGGCAGCCACUCAGGCUUCAGGUUCUUGUAGGAGAGGAAGUGGUGGUGAAGGAUGAAGGCGUGCAGGAGCCGGAUGGAGGGGUCUUUGGCUUGGAGGAGGGAAGACGGGUUGAAGGGCAGGAGGGCACACAGGAAUCCAUGGCAACCUUCGGCCAGGAGGGUGUGUUCUAUGAUGAGGCUGGAGUUUUCUCCCCCGAGGCUUUCUGGCCCCAGAACGAGCCGGCUCAGGCCAUGUCCUUCAACCCCAGAGGAAGAGGAAACAAGCUACUGUCUCCAUCUACCUCCUCACAGUCCAUCAACAACCAGCUACUUUUUCAGUACCCAGUCAGCCAAUCACAGCCAUCAGCCUCAUUCUUUGUGGGCGGACCGAUGGUGAUUGACAGCAUGGCCGGAACGGAGCACAGCCAACAGGCUCCGCCCCCGGCACCAAUGACCCCUGCUCUGUCAACCUGUGGCACGCCAGGCCCCUCCCCUUCCUCCCAGGGUUCUGAGACGUCCUUCGACUGCACUCAUUGUGGGAAAUCGUUACGUUCCAGGAAGAACUACAGCAAGCACAUGUUCAUACACUCCGGUCAAAAGCCUCAUCAGUGCAGCAUCUGCUGGCGCUCCUUCUCCCUGCGCGACUACCUCCUCAAGCACAUGGUGGUGCACACGGGCGUGCGCGCCUUCCAGUGCUCUGUGUGCGGCAAGCGCUUCACACAGAAGAGCUCACUCAACGUGCAUAUGCGCACGCACCGGGCCGAGCGCACCUUCCAGUGCACCGUGUGCCACCGGGCCUUCACCCACCGCACCCUGCUGGAGCGCCAUGCCCUGCAACACGCCCAUCACGGGGCCAACCAGGGCCAAGGGCAGGGACAGGGCCUCCUGGAGACCCCCAAACACAGCCCUCCAGCCCUGGCAGGGCCCUCGGGCAUGUGCGGCCCAGCUGGGAUGGGCGGCACCAUGACCAACAUGCCCAGCCACGGGCCUCCCUCCUAGAGGGAGAGAGGGGGGGGGGGGCCCAAUCUCAAACUGAUCCAUCACCCCUAUCCUGGAGCCCUUUUCUGUUCCGAGAGGAUUGCUAGGUAUGAGCAACAUGAUUGAUGCUCCAUCUAGACCUAUUGGAGGCUGGAUGGAGUAUGUGCCAUAUUUCUCACACCUAUGAAGCCCUUGCAGAUAUGCAAGAGGGAGUUGCCAAUGAUGGAAAAAAUGGGUGAUAAUUGGUUUGCGAUUGGAGAAGAAAAAGAGAGGAAAAGGGAGAGAAGCAGAAAGCUGUUCGAGACUAAUUGCUGGAGAUUGAAGGGAGGACAUGUAGGAGGGGUGAGAAAGAGAGAGACAGAAAAGGGAAAGGGAGAGAGAAAGCAAAACAAGCCACAGCUAGAAAAAGAGUGCAGGGUGAUGAACCGAUGAAGAAGAGAGCGAAUGUAUCAAUGAGAGUUACCAUCAUACAUCAAGACGACAUAGGAACACUAUUACAUGCAGGAGGCACUGGACGACCCAGGAUCAUAUACCUCUAAACAGGAAGAGACAAGAAAUGAAUUAAGGACACAACUUUUAUUUUGAAAUGUGACAAACGUUUCAGCAUGUUUUACACACCUCAAAGAAUACCUCGGCGGUCCAAAGACAGGCAUUAUGCUACACAUGUUUAAUAGCUACUUCAAACAGCAAAACAGUGGGAACUAAAGCUACCUGAAAUCCCUUCCUUUUAAAACCUUACUAAAAAGAGUUGACAUAAUAUUCCUUUACAUUGUCGAUAUGAGUUUAUUUGUCGCUCAUUUGUGAUUUAUUGAUGAAGACGAAAACAAUAAGGCAAUGAAUUAAAAAAGUGAAAAGGGAUCUUUCAACUAUAAGUGACACUUUUUGGGAUAAAUUUGAAAAUCUGUACUUUUAUCAGGCUUUUUAAUCCAUGUGUAUGGGGUUAUGUGUGCUUUUGGGGCACUUGCCAAUAAAUGGGAAGGUUUGUUGCUGUGAACUAUAAAAAUGUUCUCCAACGGCUUCAUUUUAUACUUAAUGAAAAUGUUUUUAUUGUAACGAAAUAAAUCAUGAGGAAAAUACAAUCACCCAGAGUGGAAUUAAUUACCACGUUAAUAUUUAUUACAAUUUGACAAUGAUACUAUGCAUAAUACAUUUUUGCACAUUGUGUAAUUUAAUUCAGCUUUAUAUGUUGUCCUACCCUAGAUAUUUGACCUUAGAAAAAUAUAUUUGCCCUAAGAUUACCAAUGUAUAUUAUAUCAUGGAGAUCUUAAAAUGUUUAGUCUUUUGUUUCCAACCUCCCACCUUAAAGGUGAUUUUAGAUAUGCAGUAAAUAGACACUCCUAAACAUAAAGGGCAACUGAGCCAGUAAGACCAGUAAUACCCCUUUAAGAUCCCUUCUGGUCCUCACUAUAAAUUUUACAUAAAAUGUCCCCCACAAUGAAGAAACAUUCUACUUGAUCAGGAUGAUCUCCUUGAGCUACGCAUGAUUUAUAGAUCAGUUAAAUCUGUUCUGCAUAUAGUUCCGGCCAACCCUUGUGAACAAACAGGUGAUUAGGCUGUUCCAGAGAUUUUCAUAUCCUCAGCAACUCAAAUGUUUCUAGUACAUUUUGUCUGAGGUGGACCUGUGUACAGUACUGUAUUAUGUGUGCUUAAAGCCAUGUCAGAAGAACGCAACCAUUAUUGUAAUGAUGUACUGUGUUUUGCAUUUUUUUAUUUAGCUUUCUUUGAAGGGGAUGAUAAAUGUCUUAUUUUUUUUGUGCAAAUUUGAAUAUAACUGCAAGUCAAAUAUGUCAUAAUAAAAUAUGUAAUUUUAUAAAGCACCAAUCAUGCUAUGUAUACCACAUGUUUUAUGUAUGGAAAAGCUAAAAGGCAUGAUAUAACUUUUUAUGAAAAAUUACAUGUACGUACUUCAAUGGCUUUAUUGAAUUUUAAAACAUGAUUUUAAACAUUUCAAACAUUUCUUUCUCCAAAUAAAGUAUGGCUACAAGCCAA